UUUGCAUGCAUUGGUACCAAAGAAGGCUGCUGCAUCUGGACUUCAACAAUCUGGUUUUGUUUCAAAACUGUUAGCAGUAGAGGCGGAUGUGGAGCUCUCUUCUCCAACAUCAAAAGCACAAGUCCCCGUUGGCAUAUUGCGUGCGUCCUUUAGGCGUGUUGCGUGGGUUUUAGCAUGCGUGGAGGAAUGUUCCGGCAAUGUGCGGGGGAAUAUCAUGCAUCUGUGCGAAGGAAUUGCGACAAUGUGCGAACGUUCCGUCAGAUGUUCGGGGGAAUGUUCUAGCAUUUGCUUCGGCAUUUGUAGGAGUUCUUCUGGCAUUUGUUUGGAGUCUGGCUUUGUUGGAGUUCUAACGGCAAUGUAUGAUAUUCUUCUGGCAGUGUUUGGAGUUCUUCAUCUGUUUAUGUGGGGGAAUGUUCCGGCUAAUGUGCGGGGGAAUAACCCAGCAUCUGUGCGAAAGAAUUGCGACAAUGUGCGAACGUUCCGUCAGAUGUUCGGGGGAAUGUUCUAG